AUGAAGACCGGUCUUGACCUUGUCAAUGAGUGUGACAACUUCCCAUACUAUGAGAGUGAUCCAGAAGAGUAUAGCAGGCUCCGCUCGACCUCCUGGGAACUCCAUCUCGAAGGAGGGUCCGGUCCCUACGGAUACAUAAAACAGUCUGUGGUGGAGAAGAUGCCAUGGGACCACGACGCCUGGCAAAUUGACGAUGAAAAGAAGUGCAUUACACCUGCGCCAAAGCGUUACACCCAUACUCAAGAAACUGUAAUAAGGGAGACACUUGAAGUAGCCAAGACAAGAGAUAUCUUCCAGAUACUGAGAGGCUGGCGGAACGAACUAUACCCUGUCCAUGGACCAUAUAGCAGCAGGAAACCGAUGGUGAGCAUGGAAAGAGCAGGCAGUGCUUUGUUUGGCAUAAACACCUACGGGGUGCACAUGACAGCUUACGUGAACACCCCCCAAGGUAUGAAGAUCUGGGUUCCGAGGAGAGCACGAAACAAACAAACAUAUGGCGGAAUGCUGGACAACACCGUUGCCGGGGGACUCAGUACGGGAGAGAAGCCAUUCGAGUGUGUGGUAAGGGAGGCCGCGGAAGAAGCAUCCUUCUCGGAACAGCUUGUCCGCUCAAACGCCAAACCUUGCGGAACCGUGUCGUACUUCCACAUACGAGAUGCAAGAGCUGGCGGUGAGGCAGGCUUGCUGCAGCCAGAAUGCCAGUAUGUCUUCGACAUGGAGAUUGGCGCGGAGGUGAUACCGAAGCCCGGCGAUAACGAAGUAGAGGAAUUUUAUCUAUGGACUGUGGACGAAGUGAAGAGAGCGUUGGCAGAAGGGCAAUUCAAGCCCAACUGCGCCGCGGUGCUUCUGGACUUCUUCAUCCGACGUGGGAUACUGACAGCAGAGAAUGAGAAGGAUUAUACGGAAAUCGUUUCGAGGCUCCAUAGGAAGCUUCCAUUCCCAACAUCAUAG